UUUCAGUCUAAAUAAAUAUUCACCUUUGAACCUAGCUUCUUAUGAUUGUAAUUUUAUAUGUAUCUUUUUCUUAAAGAAGGUUCCGCUAUCCCCGAAAACAUGCAAGAUUCGGGCUGCAUAGAAGCUGGAUCUGUCCAGCCCCUGACUAACAUUUGUUUCUGGCAUUAAAUAAAACUUGCCUUUAAAUGAAACCUAAAUGCGUAGAGUGAGUUUCCGGACUCACGUGUGGCCAGGUCUCCACAGGCCGUGGUCAAGCUCUUGCUGACUUUUGAAGCGAAAUCCCAUAUGAACAAAGGAAAGGAGAUCAGUCAGCUGCCCUCGUUUCUGUCUGAUUGGUGCCAGGUGAUGUGCGUCCCUCCUCUUUAUGCUCUUCUGAAUUUCCACAGUAGUCAUGCUUAUUUUUUCAAAAAACGAAAAGAAAGAAGAGAAAGCCAAAAAAGAAACAAAAUUGGGAUGUUCGGGUUGGAGAGUUAGCAGGGGCAUCUCCAGGAGGGUCCUGCCCCCCACCCCAAAGCCGGCCUCAGGGAGUUCCAGGCGUUCCCACACUCCCCAGGCAGGACGGUGGACGCAGCGCAGACAGGAAGCUCCCCGAGAUAACGCUGCGGCCGGGCGGCCUGAUUUGCUGGGCUGUCCGAUGGCCCGGGCCGAGGCUUCUCCCUGCGCCUGGGACUGCGGCCGCCUCUCUUAAUAGCAGCCAUGAGGCGCCUGGGGGCAGUGUCCUCGCGGGCCAGCGACGGGCAGGACGCCCCGUUCGCCUAGCGCGUGCUCAGGAGAAUUGACUGACGCAGAGGCACUGUGCGGGGGACAGGCGUUCUCAGAUGAGGAACCCUGGCUUCUAGCCCUUUCCCUGGACUGGGAGCCCAUGCACGUGAUCACAGUAGAAUCAGGAGCUGCCAUUUGGGUCUCACUCUGACUGCCCGGGUUGGAGUGCAGUGGUGUGAUCACCGCUCACAGCAGCCUCAACCUCCCGGGCUCACGUGAUGCUCCCACUUCAGCCUCUCCAGUAGCUGGGACUACAGGAGUUGGUGUCCUGCCUGCGCUCAGGAUGAGGGGGAAUCUGGCCCUGGCGGGCGUUCUAAUCAGCCUGGCCUUCCUGUCACUGCUGCCAUCUGGACAUCCUCAGCCGGCUGGCGAUGACGCCUGCUCUGUGCAGAUCCUUGUCCCUGGCCUCAAAGAUAAGAAAGCAAACUUGAGAACUACUUGGAGCCUCAGAGCAGCAUGGGAUGCGGGAGAGAAGGGAGACAAAGGCGCCCCAGGACGGCCUGGAAGAGUCGGCCCCACGGGAGAAAAAGGUACCUGCAGCCCUGGGCCGGCCCUCAGAGCUCUGAGGAUGGAGGCACCGCUCCUGCCAGAGCCGGGAGACAUGGGGGACAAAGGACAGAAAGGCAGUGUGGGUCGCCAUGGAAAAAUCGGUCCCAUUGGCUCUAAAGGUGAGAAAGGAGAUUCUGGUGACAUAGGACCCCCUGGUCCUAAUGGAGAACCAGGCCUCCCAUGUGAGUGCAGCCAGCUGCGCAAGGCCAUCGGGGAGAUGGACAACCAGGUCUCUCAGCUGACCAGCGAGCUCAAGUUCAUCAAGAAUGCUGUCGCCGGUGUGCGCGAGACGGAGAGCAAGAUCUACCUGCUGGUGAAGGAGGAGAAGCGCUACACGGACGCCCAGCUGUCCUGCCAGGGCCGCGGGGGCACGCUGAGCAUGCCCAAGGACGAGGCUGCCAAUGGCCUGAUGGCCGCAUACCUGGCGCAAGCCGGCCUGGCCCGUGUCUUCAUCGGCAUCAACGACCUGGAGAAGGAGGGCGCCUUCGUGUACUCCGACCGCUCCCCCAUGCGGACCUUCAACAAGUGGCGCAGUGGCGAGCCCAACAACGCCUACGACGAGGAGGACUGCGUGGAGAUGGUGGCCUCGGGCGGCUGGAACGACGUGGCCUGCCACACCACCAUGUACUUCAUGUGUGAGUUCGACAAGGAGAACAUGUGAGCCUCAGGCUGGGGCUGCCCAUUGGGGGCCCCACAUGUCCCUGCAGGGUUGGCAGGGACAGAGCCCAGACCAUGGUGCCAGCCAGGGAGCUGUCCCUCUGUGAAGGGCGGAGGCUCACUGAGUAGAGGGCUGUUGUCUAAACUGAGAAAAUGGCCUAUGCUUAAGAGGAAAAUGAAAGUGUUCCUGGGGUGCUGUCUCUGAAGAAGCAGAGUUUCAUUACCUGUAUUGUAGCCCCAAUGUCAUUAUGUAAUUAUUACUCAGAAUUGCUCUUCCAUAAAGUUUGUGCCUUUGUCCAAGCUAUACAAUAAAAUCUUUAAGUAGUGCAGUAGUUAAGUCCAAA